CGAAAGUUGGUCCCACAACGAUGUCACCUCCCUUAUUCACCCCUCCCUGUUGGAAAGAGGAAAGAAGUAAGUCUCUCGCCUCAAUUUAUUAAAAUUGUUGGUGUGGUUACAUUCAUUCCUAUCCUCGCCCUGUAUCUGUUUUUACCUCUGGCUGUGGUAUCUUGUGGAGUUAUCUAUCUUCAUUUGUGCGAAAGAAUUUGGCUUUCUUCUCCAGUUUGGUGUUACGUUAGUUUCCCUGGACAUUCCAUUCAUUCAAUUCAUCUUUCGAGUUUGAGGCAGGCAGUCAGUCAUGGACAGUAUUAGUCGAUUGCUCUUUUUGGAGGACAACAACAACAACAACAACAUCGAUGACGACAAUAAUCUGUUGAAGGAUACCACCUGCACCACGGACUAUUCGACCGACGUGGAUGACGAAGACGAUGCUGCCUACUAUUCUUCCUUGUUUCAAAUGUACGAUGGUAACUGGGCCGUGAACGGACAUUGGCUCACGGCCGAAGUCAGCACUCUGUUGGAAUGUCUCCAACAACUACAAGAUCAAGACGACUCGACCGACUUGGAUGCUUCUUUACAAUGCUCCCAGCGGUUGAUGGCGUCAUGGAUGGAGACUUCCUUUUCCAACGAUGGCACUGAUCAUGACGAUUAUUUCUAUUUGGAAGAUUACUUGCCAUUAGACGACCGCACGAAAUACCACGAACUCCAGCAACACCUGCAAUGCCGUUGUUUGACCAUGGCCAGUUUGAUGCUCCGCUGCUUGGCGGCCGAUUUGAUUGCACCUCCGUAUGUGCAAAUAUGUCGACUCGCUUCUCACGAUCGCCAACGCAUUGCCAGUCUCAAGACACGCGCCAACGAAGCCUUUUUCUUUCAACGCGAUUAUCCCGCGGCAUUACAGUUGUAUGAAGAAGCACUCCAACAAUUCCCCCCCAAUUUCAUUUGUCACGUCAUGCCCGCGGUGGACUGGAAAGAACUCGUCUCGCUCUUGGCCAGUCAAGCCGAUUGUUAUUUUCAAUUGGAAGAUUUUGUCAAUGUCGGAUACUUGGCGUCCUAUGCACUCGUCUUUGAUGCCUCGCAUACCAAAUCCCUCAUCUUGCGCGCCAAGGCACAAUUGGCAUUGGCACGGAUUGCUCAAACAACAACAGCCAACGACAACAACGACAAUACUAAUAGUGAGGAGGACAUUAGCAGUACAUCGCUGCGAUAUACGAUCCAAGCCAAGAUUGAUUUAGAACAAGUUCUCAGCUCACUCCUCCAAAAUAACAACAACAACAACAACAAUAAGUCCAAAGCCGAGGAAAAAGUGGCACGAGAACUCAUGGAGGAUGUCGUCCAACCCAUGAUGCAACGGGAACAAAACGUCUUCUCGUCGGGGGAUCCAUAUUCUUCUUCUUCUUCUUCUUGGGACUGGCACGUGAAAUCCAUUACGGCUACGUGUUGGCGGGCAACACCACACAAUCUAUAUUAUACCAGUACCAGUACCAGUGAUGCAUGA